AUGAGUGAAGAAAAUCCAGCUCCAGCAGCACCAGUUGAAAUAGUUCGCUCAGAACUCCAAGUCACAAACUUAAUUCGUGGCAAGCAGAGAACAUACGGUGUUCCAGAUAAUCAAUUCCUCCGCUAUUCUCAAUAUUGCAAUCGUAGAUGCGCAAAAAUUCGUUCUAAAUUAGGAAUCAAGGGUGGAAAAGAUUUUGAUUUAACACCAGACAGAUAUCAAAACCCACAACAUAUCGAAUUACUUGUUUUACAAGCAGAUGGUGCUUGGGCCAGAUACCGUGAUCUUAAAGGCAGCGCCACAGCCGGCCAACGCCGCCAGCACGCUCUUCGCAGACUUCGUAAAUCACUUGUCUGGUGGAACCGUGCAAAUGAAGCAGCAAAGACGUUCGGCACUGAAACAACACAGCUUGAGGUUACCGCUUUUUACAAUUACGCUCAAGCCACACUUGCUCUUGAGCUUGGUCAUUGGUCCGAAGCUCUCAAGAAGUUCAUUGAAGUUUCAGCCACAUUCAAAGAACUCGGCCAAAGUACAGGCGAUUCGAAUCUUGCCAACCACUGCCAUGAUAUUACGGAAGAUAUUGAGCCACUUCUUGUCUUCUGCCGUUACAAUCUUGGCGAUUCCGAAAACAUCACAGCCUCUGCCGAAAUCAAGGAGAAAGUCAAGAGCAUCGUCAGCAUCAACGCAAUGUCGUCUACACGCAAGGUCAGCGAAGUCAAAUGGCGUAACUGGACAAUCCCGAUCAACCACGAAGGCCUCAAGACGAAAUUGGCCAGUAUCCUCGACUUGAUCAAAGACUCACAAUCCGAAAUCUCCAACGAAGAAAUCCGUGUUACAAUCUUCGAUCGUCUUAUCGCAGAAUCCCAUGGUGCCCGCCAAGUUAUUCAUACUCUCUCCGCACAAAAUACAAACGAUGACCUCGCACGUCUCGAUCUCUUCCUCCGCUGGAACAGUUUCGUUGCUACUCUCGAAAGAUCUCACGCUCUCAUCAAUACAUUCAAUACAGCAGCCGAACGCGCUGAAUUUGCUGGCCGUACAUUCACAAGAGUUGUCGAAUUACGUCCACAAUUCGAAGGCGACGUCACUAUCGAGUCAUACGAAUAUCUUUGGCACGCCAUCAAAUGCUACUACAUUGGCGAGGCUAAGUCCGGCUCGGAGACCAUCACUAUGUUACAGCGCGCUCAGAAUCAUGCUACUAAAGCACUUGAUUUGAUCACAAACGAGUCAAUCGAAGAUCCACCAACACUCAAGGGCUGGGCAGAGAGAAUCCUCCAUAAAAUACGUGUCGCUCGUAUCGAAGCCGUUGCCGCAAUCAACGGUCUUAAGAAAGAUCAGUCGAAUUCAGUACAGAGACCAUUCCUCGAGGACCAGAAGAGCUACUCCCCAUGCGAUACACUCGUCACUGUUCCUCCGAAGGCAAAGGUCGUCACUCCAAAGCCAAUGAUCUUCGAUCUUGCAGGUGACUACUUACAGUAUCCUUCUCUAGAGGGUAAGCUUAAGAAGAAAGGUCUCGUGUCUAAGCUUAAGUUCUGGUAA